AUGGCCCUCUGGCCUAUCAACUGUUUAUCCCAGUUUUGUGUCAUCAGCAAACUUUCUGAGAGUACACUGUGCCCCAUCGUCCAGAUCACUAAUGAAAUGUUAAAAGGGAUUGAACCUGGUGUUCACCCCUGGGCAAACACGUAUCUCUUUAUGGUGCAAGCUCGUGGUAUAAUGUUGAGAGAAAAUGUAAAAACAAUAGGACACAUGAUCAGAUUGUACACUAACAAAAAUACUACACUGAAUGGCACAGAUUAUCCUGAAGGAAACAAUUCUAGUGACUGUGUGGCUCAAACAACAAUGUAUCUUCCAGAAAACUUCACUUACUCUCCUUACCAGGCUUGUCCAGAGAAGCUGCCUUACAUGAGAGGCCUUAUCAAUGUCAAUAUGAGUGAAAUUAGUUUUGAUGAAAUACAGCAACUGUUUUCAAAAGAUUUAGACAUUAAACCAGGGGGACACUGGAAACCAAAAGACUGUAAGCCACGAUGGAAGGUGGCAAUUCUUAUUCCUUUUCGGAAUCGCCAGGAACAUCUUCCAAUUUUUUUCCGUCAUCUGAUACCUAUGUUGCAGAAGCAGCGGCUGGAAUUUGCCUUCUAUGUUGUUGAACAGACAGGUACACAACCUUUUAAUCGUGCAAUGCUCUUUAAUGUCGGCUUCAAAGAGGCUAUGAAGGAUGCUGUUUGGGACUGCAUAAUAUUUCAUGAUGUGGAUCACUUACCUGAAAAUGACCGAAAUUAUUAUGGAUGUGGAGAAAUGCCACGCCAUUUUGCAGCAAAGCUGGACAAAUACAUGUACAUUCUUCCAUACAAUGAGUUCUUUGGUGGUGUAAGUGGCCUGACAGUAGAACAAUUCAAGAAGAUCAAUGGGUUUCCAAAUGCCUUUUGGGGAUGGGGUGGAGAAGAUGAUGAUCUUUGGAACAGGGUUCACUACGCUGGAUACAAUGUAACAAGACCAGAGGGAGAUUUAGGGAAGUACAAAUCCAUUCCUCAUCAUCACAGAGGUGAAGUCCAGUUUUUAGGACGAUAUAAACUUCUGAGGUAUUCCAGAGAACGUCAGUAUAUUGAUGGGUUGAACAAUUUAAUAUAUACUCCUAAAAUACUUGUCAGUAGGCUGUAUAAAAAUAUAACUGUUAAUCUCAUACCAGAACUUGCUCCUGUUAGAGACUAUUGAUGGAAGUGGGUGACAAGCUACCCUACUAGAAUAAACUUUUAACACUGGAAGCUACUAAUAGACACUGUAAGUCAUAACAAAACCAACAAACAGCAGCUUAGAAUUAGACGAUUUUGACCAUUUGGGAUGAGAAGUGAUUGAGUGUACCAUGCAUUUUGUUCUGAAGGAAAAGCCAGCAGCUACCACUCAGAUGUUUACAGCAUGAGACUACUGUUCAAGCCUUCAUUCUUCAUAUUCUCUGUCUUAACCACUCAAGUAAAUAAACUGCAGAAAACAGUCUUGUAGCUUCUCUGGAAGUAGGGAUAGAGGCCUCUUCGUCAAGGAAUUUUUUAUACCAAACCACCCCCCCCCGAUAUUUAAAUGAAUGCUUUUCUGUAUUUUUAAAAUGUGUUUUGUAAAUAUGUGAUGUAAAUUAAUGUGUGUACAUUGCUUUUUAAAUAGCUCAAUAUUUUAUGCUUCAGUAUGUAUUUGAGUGUGUUCUCGUUUGAAUUCUAUAGGAAUGUUUUUAUUAGCAUGAAAGAACAAGUAAAAUGUAAGUAUGCUUAAAAAAAGGUUAUACCUUACGUGAAA